GUCAUCUGGGUUGUCCGUUUUUUCACUUCACGUGUUGUUGUUUAUCUCUGGCUUUUGCAGAAGUUUUUUACAUUUCUCUGGUGGAAAACGUGAGUGAAUCUUUUGAAAAUGAAAGUGAAAAAUCGACUGAAAAUGGGAAAGAAGAAGCUUCCCAAGAAGUCAAAGAAGAGCCCGAACACAAUGACCAUGGAUAGUUUCCUUGAGACGAUGGACAAUUCGUCAGGAGACGAAGCUCCGGAAGCACCGAAGAAGGCGGUGAAGAAAGGGAAGAAGCCGGUAAAGGUGGAAGACAGUGAGAAUAUUGAGUCUAUGAAGAAGCUUCAGCAGAUCGAUCCUGAGUUCUAUGAAUAUCUUAGGGAGAAUGACAAGGAUCUGCUGAACUUCAAUGCUGACGAUAUCAGCGGCGAUGCGGGCAGUGAGCCAGAGGCUGAGGAGGCGUCCGAUGAGGAGCCGGCCGUUGUGCAGAAGCGAGAGAAGUUCGAGGUGGCCAGCGAUGAGAGUGACUUCGAGGAGGCGGACGAGGAGAAGGUGGAGGAGCAAGAGGGUGUGAUCACGCUCAAGAUGCUGAAGAGUCUCGAGGCGAACAUCCGGGAGGAGAAGGUGUCCGCCGAGGCGAUUCGGAAGCUCGUGCAAGCCUUCAAUUCCGCCCUGCGCAGCAUCUCACCGGACGCCAAGUCCACGUCGGAGUAUCGCGUGAAGGGCAGCGGAGUGUUCAAUGGUGUGAUUCAGCUGUGCGUGCUGCACCUGCACUCCGCCAUCUGGCGCUUCCUGGCCCUGUCCGGACGCAAGAGUGUUCGCGAUGUGCACAAGCUGAAGCGUUGGUCGAAGAUGCGCAAUCCCAUGCGAUCCUACACCACGGAUCUAACGCACAUCCUGGAGAAUGUGUCCUCACCGGACGUGCUGACCAUUCUGCUGAAGCAUCUGCACCAGAUGGUGCCAAUUGUGGUGGCCGUGAGCGGAGCGUCGAAGCCGGUGCUCAAGCGACUCGUGUCCCUGUGGUCCUCGUCGGAGGAGGAAACUGUGCGCGUGCUGGCCUUCCUGUGCAUCUUGAAGCUGACCAGAGCGCAGCAAGGACAGUUCCUCAGCAUCGUCCUGAAGGUCAUGUAUCUGUCCUACGUGCGCAACUCACGCUUUGUCUCGCCCACCACGCUGCCUGGCAUCAAUUUCAUGCGCCGCUCGCUGGCCGAGAUGUUCGCCCUGGACGCCGAGGUGGCGUACCAGCACGCCUUCCUCUACAUUCGCCAGCUGGCUAUCCACCUGCGCAACGCCGUGACGCUGAAGCGCAAGGACAGCUACCAGGCAGUCUACAACUGGCAGUACAUCAACGCCUUGCGCCUCUGGGGCGACGUGCUGUCCGGCGGCGCCCUGCCGCAGCUGCUCUAUCCCCUCGUGACCAUCAUCCAGGGUGUGAUAAAGCUCAUCCCCACGGCUCAGUGGUUUCCACUGCGCUUCCACUGCAUCCACAUCCUCAUCGCGCUGUCGCGCAGCACGCGCGUCUUCAUACCCGUGCUGCCGUUCAUCCUGGAGGUGCUUCAGUCCGCCACGUUCAACAAGAAGCACAGCCAGUUGUCACUCAAGGCGCUGCCCUUCACCUGCAUCCUGCGCGUCACGCGUCCCCAACUCGAGGAGCUCUCCUUCCGCACUCAAAUCACUGAGCACAUCUUCGCCACGGCGCUCGAGUAUCUCGCCAGUGAGUCCUACAGUCUCACCUUUCCUGACCUCGUGGUGCCCACGGUGAUUCUGUUGCGACAGUACAUCAAGCGCUGCUCCGUGGCCAGCACGGGCAGGAAGCUGAAGCAGCUGCUGGAUCUCACCAUGGAGAACUUCAAGCUGAUCGAGGCAGAGCGCAAGACAAUCACCUUCUCCCUGCGCGACGCCGCUCUCAUCCACAGCUGGGAGACACAAAUGCAGAACCGAGGGACGCCUCUGCUCACAUUCUACACCAAUUGGCUGAAGACCAGUGAGCUGAAGAAGCGUCGCGAGGCAGACAAGACAGAUGAAAUCUCAGAUUUCCGCCUGCCGACGCUCAAGAGGCGUCAGCCGAGUGGCGACAAGGAGGCUGAGAGUGGUCCUGUGGAUCUGCUGCCAUCGGACAGUGACGAGGAGGAGCUGGAACUGGAGAAGCCGCUGCCCAAGAAGGCGAAGAAGGUCAAGGCGCUGAAGCAGGAGAAGCCGACAGUGAAGAAGGAGAUUCCGAUCGACGAUGAACCCUCAGUUGGCGUUCUGGAUGUUGUGGAGGAUCUAGACAUUGCUGAUUGGCUGUCAUAAUAAAUAUUCCUGUGGGAUUCUUA